AUGACAAUCAUCCAAUGCCUCUUGGUCCCGGCACUCAUAUGUUGUGUAUAUGGUCAGUUGAACCUACAAAAGAGGGAUUUCAACGCUGUAGCUGUUUCUGGCCUCCCUGAAGGACACAUAUACGACUUGGGAGAAGCCGCUGCCCAUUAUGACUCAAUAAUUUCCUCUAGUACUCUACCAAGGCUCGGGAGCAUAAGGCAUGGCUCGGAGUCACAGAGAGCAGAUCACUCGUACCAGAAACCGUCCAUCAGUGUAACGGAUUUCUCGCAUAACACCGGGAUUGGGGGCUACCAUUGGCGUCGACGUCACCAUAAAAACCGCUUUAGGAAGUCUGUAGGAGCAUUGCAAGUGCUCAACAGAAACCUGCUGGAUAAACGGAGGGAUAGAGAAUAUAAGGUGACACUUAGCCCAAAGAAGCAGACCGAAGAGGUUCCGAGCUCAAGCGAAAGAAAUCAACAUGCAGAAUCAAGUCGCAAGUUAAGCGAAACAAAGAAGUAUCCCUCCGGAAGGCCGAGUUUUGAUUUGGAAACAUCCACUGAAAGUUCGGGUGGUGGGUUGAACUUGGGCACAAUGAAGAAGUUCAGCUCCGGAAGGCCAACUAUGAAUCUUGAAACAUCGCCUGAGAGCUCCCCAUCCGGCAGCCCACGAGAUCAUUUCUUCCACGGUUCGCCACAGCUUCCAAGAGCAGAGGAAUUCAGAGAUCACCACAUACAAAGCCAUAGUAUGUAG